GGAAAAGCUGGGGAAUUGGCGGAGUUUUACUUUUGCGAGGGAUCAUUGAUAAAGUGAUACACAACGAGAGAUACUCAGUAAACAACACAAUAACUCAAUUGACAUUGACAUACACAAGCAAUCAUGUCUCGUCGUCUCCUCCUCAUCAACGGCCCAAACCUCAAUCUCCUCGGCACACGCGAGCCUCACAUCUACGGCUCAACCACGCUCUCCGACGUCGAAUCCUCCGCCUCAGCCCAAGCAGAAUCCCUCUCCUCCAGCCUAGUAUCCUUCCAAGCCAACAGCGAAGGCGCCAUAGUCGACCGCAUCCAUGAAGCGCGAGGAAACGUCGAUGCGAUCAUCAUCAACGCUGGUGCCUACACACAUACCAGCGUGGCUAUAAGAGACGCGCUGGUGGGAGUUGAUAUCCCGUUUGUGGAGGUGCACAUCACGAAUGUUCAUGCGAGGGAGUCUUUUAGACAUCAUAGUUAUCUGUGUGAUAAGGCGGAGGCAGUUAUUUGUGGGUUGGGAGUUUUUGGGUACAGCGCUGCGAUUGAGUAUGCUGUUAAGCACUUGAAGUUGAGGACGAAGUUGUAAAUAUUAUCACUGAAUCAAAAGAUUGUUUAUCGGAAUUUGAUUGUUCAAAAGUAUUUGUUUACAGUCCAAGUUUGAUCA